AUGGACGCCACAAACGAAGUCUUUGCAUCCCCGGAUACCAGCUUUGCCCUACAAGGGUUUAGAGCUCUAGUCCCUGUGGCAGCAGAAGAAAACCGAACCUACCUCAAUGCCUCAUUCCAACUCCCGAUGAACCUCAAAGUUCAUUCAGCCAUCAACAAGUUUCUCAUCGAUGCCACGAUCAAUCCAAACCCCAAGGCCGAUUGGCAGGCAAGCGCCGUGCAAGCGCAGGCUCGUCUAGCUGAAUAUCUGAAUGUAGCCCCAACUUCACUCGCGUUCACGCGUGAUACUACCGAGGGACUGAAUCUUUUCCAGCGCUCCCUCAAGCUUCAACCCGGCAGCAACGUUGUUCUUCUGGAAGACGAGCAUCCCAAUCAUCUAUACGGAUGGUUCGCCCUGGCCGACCAGGGACUGGAAGUGCGUCGGGUGAAAGUGGAAGGCAACGAUGCGAGCUCUGGGUGUGCAAAUGCCCAAACAUUCGCCGCGUAUGUUGACGCAAAGACUGUUGCCAUUGGCAUAUCAAGUGUCAUGUUCCACAACGGCCAACUGAAUGAUGUCCGCGAUAUCUGCGCUGUUUACAGACCCCGCGGAAUCCAUGUGCUUGUCGAUAUCACACAGCACGUUGGCGUGGCUCCGAUCGAUCUGACAGCAUGGCAUGUCUCCGCGGCGGCAUUCAGUUGCCACAAGGGCCUAGGAACACCGACUGGACUCGGUUGUUUGUAUAUUGACCCGGCUGUCCUCGGAGAAUUACAUACCACACCACCGAUUGUUGGGGCAGGAGCUGUUUCCAACGUUCCGGGCACGCUUGUAGCUGACCCAAAUGUUACCUACUGGCCUACAACAAAAAGAUACGAGCAUCUGAACGUGUCGCUCCUCACUGCCACAGCACUCGACGCAUCGCUAUCAUUGAUCACUGGUGAGAUUAGAAUCGUUAGAUUGGAGAAGCAUUUCCGAUCACUUGGCAGGGAAUUGAUUCUGCGGUGCCAGUCUCUUGGUGUGUCGGUCGCUGGUAGUAAUAUUGCUUCACAGCGAGCACCGCACAUAUAUGUUCUGCGUCUGCUGCACCCUGAUUGGCAAAGCCAUUUCCGAGAAUCGAAUAUCUACGUAUCCCACAACCGGUGCGGUGUGAGAGUGUCCCUAGGAUUCUACAAUAAUCUUGAUGACAUCAAUAGUCUAGUGGGAUGCAUUGAAGCUGGACUUGCAAAGGGUAUAGUUGCUGCUUGA